AUGGCUGCACUUCCGCAGUCCUACGAGACGCGGCUGGUGGCGGUGUCCGCCUCCAGCGUCAACCAGCAGCGCAUUAACUACGGUAGUCGCGUGCUCUUGCCAUCCAGCGUGCUGGAUGACCUGUGCCGCAUGACCAUGGUGUAUCCCCUCCAGUUUGAGAUCAUCACCCCGAGUAAGAAGCGUGUGUACGCAGCCGUUCUCGAGUUCAACGCGCAGGCAGGUUCGGUGGUGCUGCCGGACUGGAUGUUCCAGCACCUGGGUCUUCGUGGCACAAUGGUGGUAAAGGUGCAGAGCUGCAGUCUUCCGCCAGGAUCCCUCGUGAAGCUCCGGCCGCAUCAGAAGGCGCUUGUCAUGUUCGAGAAUCCGCGGAACCUGCUGGAGCUACGCCUUGCUCAGUAUCCCGUGCUCACCAAGGGCACCACUAUCGUGAUUAGCUACGUGGAUCGUGAGUUCCAACUCGACCUGGUGGAAAUCAUUGACAUGAAGCAGCAGCUCGUAAAUGGUAUCCUAACGGUGCGUGCCGACGGUGCACCAGUGAUGCUGAAGGUUGACUUUGAACGGCCGCUUGACAUGCCACCGUCGCCGCUAGAGACGCCAAUUUCUGCGGCCGCAUCACCAACUGGCGCCAACGUUAUUGGCGCGAGUACUCCAACUGGUGUGCAGUUUCAACCCUUUAACUUCCGGCCGCCGAGUCUCACGGACGGUCCUAAAGUGCCUGCUGGGGCACAACCGUUGAACCACCAACCAGGUCAAUCAUACUCCUCGUUCACAGGAGCGAAAGGCAGCAGCUCCACCGCCGAGCAAGAGCACCCUGCCUUCACCGGCUCUGGCCGAACCGUGCGUGGAGUCCUGCUGUCUGAGAAUCAGUCAAACGAAGUCUCAGCAAGACUUCCUGCUGCACCGCCGAUUGCGCAUCCCUCUCCGGAGGAGCUCCGUGCGAUGCGACUGAAGGCCCUCGGUGGAGAAAGGCGCUCAUGA